UCGUGCAGCUCGAAACGCGACGCGAUCCGUUGGAUAUAUAUAUACUGUCCAAACAAAUCUAUAAACACGAUUCUUCUUCGCCGAAGAACGAACGUUUUCCCCACGUCUUUGUGUGUGCGUGUGUGUGUGUACGGUACGUUGCUUUGCGGUGUGCGUGUUACCAUUUGCAUUUUGGCUUUUUAGUUUUUUAGUUUUGUUAACUAUUCAGCUUUUUAACUCGCUUUUCGUUCCAUUUCGCCGCGUUGCAUUUUGGCCAGCGAUUGCAUUUCUCGGUUUCGUUUUUGGAUCGGCUUUCGUUGUUGUUUUGUUUUGGAUAUGGGGGGGCCUUAAAAUAGCCUUUUGCCGUAAUUACUGGGCUGGCCGCAAGAAAACGUGUUUGUGUCUAAACUACAGUUACAACCAGAGCAGCAGUUGCUACAGCUGCAUUUCACUCAAAAGUGUUUGCCAAAAUCGAAAAUAAGAAAGAAAAUAUAGAGUGUCCGAUAAAAAGAGAAAAAGAAAACGACACUCGGUCAGUGCGUUUUUCUUCUAUUUGUUCGCCAGUUAACAUUGUGCUCAUAAUUUAUUGUACCCAGCGAUAUGCAAAUAGAAAGCAACAAAUCUGUACAGCAAGUGGAAUAUUUCAACGUUUAAUUUGGGCCCCAAAAACACCAAACAAGUGUGCAGCGUUUAAUGGCCGAUGGAUAAAGUGAGGUACCCAACGAAUAGAAUUGGAACUCACUCCGCGGCAUUUUCCCCUGGAAGACAACAACAAAACAACAACAGCAAAACCAACGAAAACCAUUGAACAACACGGCCAAGACACUAAGAUUAAGCAGGCAGCAGGCGGUUUUCAGCUGAUGAGCAACAAAGGACAGAGUGCAUCGGAGCCAUUAAUUUAAAUUGGGUAUUAUGAGCGCACUAGCAACAAGGACAGAAAGCUCAUGUACGACAAGUCCAAGAAAUCGUGGAGUCAGCGGCUCAAGACGCUCGGCAGCGGUGAUUCCGUGGACAAGAACGCUUCGCUAGCCGCCGUCAGCGGGAUGCAGGCCAUGCAGCAGUUGCAGCUGCACAUGCAGCAGCAGCAGCAGCAGCAGCAGCAUCACUUGCAGCAGCACCAUCAGCAGCAGCAGCAGCAGCAACACUUGACCCACCAUGGCCACCACCAGAUGGUGACCGCCUACCAAUUGCCGCCGGUGCCCGCCGCCGAAUUCCUGCCCAGCGCUCUUUCACGUUCGAUGAAGUACGCGGAGCCGUGGAUCUACGGCACGGUGCGCGGCAUUCCGGCCCGCCCCUCUUACGGCUACCAUCCCCAUGCGGCGGCGAUUUUCGCGGCAGCGGAGGGCAUGCCCGGCUCAACCGCCCUGGCCGUGGUGAUCUGCUCCUGUGCCGAGUACUUGAACGGCACGAAGCGCGACGUGAAGAAGGCCAGUGUGUGCAAGAAGUGCAAGGGGUCACGCCUUCCGCUGGCCACCAUUGGUGGCGGCACUGGGGGCACAGUGCGUCUGCCGGCUGUCAGCGGGACCGGGAACGCGCGACGACCCACCAUGGCGGCCACCAUGCGGGUGGUGAGUGCCACCAAGAAGUCACGUCCCUCCAUUCUGGAUCCGCAGAAGGAUCCCUACGACCUGAUGCGACGCACGCGUUUGCUGUCGCCGGAGCCGAGCUCCAAGGAUGCGGAUGGCAAGUCACGUAGUCGCAGUGAGGCGGGGCUGAAUCAGCAGUCCAGGGGUCGAACACGCACACGGGCUCCUGCCCCACCAGCCCCCACUAACCAGAAAUCUCCAGCAGCAGCAGCAGCAGUGGCUGCAACAGCUGAUCCCACGGAUUGCUGGCUCAUGGAGGACAAUGAGUCGCUGCUCCAGAGCAGCGGCUUGGCCACAUCGAGGGCCUCCAGUCGGCGGUCCAUACUGCGCUGCCACGUCAAUCCCUAUGACCUGAUCUCAAGCGAAAGUGUUAAGCUGCCGAAUGACCUGAGGAAGCCCCAUGAUCACUUCAAUGUGGCCGAUGCCCAGCUCAAUGAUGACCAACUGGAGCGAAGGCGGAGCAGCAGCAGCAGCAGCAAGUUUUACAGCGGCAAUGUCACGGCCAUUGCGGGGCAAAGGAUUAUCCUGGGUGAUAAAUCCGGCGAUAGCUCCGAUCCAGGUGACAGCUAUGAGCGAAUUAUAGUGCUCUCUGGUGGCGAACCGACAUCUAAUGGACCGCGACGACCGCCGCGCAAUAAAAAAGCGGAUGAGCCGGCGGAAACAGCUACAGCAGUAACACCAGCAACAGCAAUCACAGUUAAGCCCAAGGCAGUGCCUUCCAUUGAAGGGGAAAAAUCAGUGGAGCACAGUGAUUCCACUUACACAGUGCUCACUGUGACGCCCACUUCGCCAGCCAUCAAGUCGAUUUUAAAACGCCCCUCGACUCUGGAGUUGCCUGGCAUUGGAGUGGGCACCGCCACCACAGCUCCGUUGCCACUUCCUCUCCAGACGAGUGACAAUUCUGGACCCGUGACGCCUGCGGGCAAGUCACAGUUCUAUAUACCAACGCCGACGGGGACAACUGGCACGCCCACGCCCCACAGCACACCCAUGGCCACAUCAACACCUACACCUACACCCUUGGCAGUCGUUGCAGCGACAGCAGCAGCAGCAAUCACGCCGGGUUCACGCAAAAAAGUGCAAUUUAUGGUCGAGGAUAAAAUCAUAGCCACGAGUGCGAUUGCGACUGCGACUGCAACAGCGACAGCGGCGACAACUGAUGACAGCGAUGCCAGUGUGGCAGCAACGAAAACAAACUACGAAUACUACAAUCGCAAGCGAAAUGCAGCAGCAGCAGCAGCAGGAACAACAGCAGCAACAGCAACAACGACAGCAGCAACAUCAACGGAUCAGCAGGAGGCAACGCUAUUUGCGGCUGACGUUGAUGACGAGCAUAACUUUACAACUUCCGCUGAGGCAACUCCGUUCAUAAAGCCGGAUAGUUUGCAUUAUGAAGAUGUUCUGCCGGGUCCCCAAAUAUUUGACAGCAACGAAAAGCCAGCUGGCGGCGAGUCCUCGUCCUCGUCCACGUCCACGUCCUGCAAAUUAUUACUGCCAGCGGAUGGGUCGCCGCAUGUCACUACGAAUCCUGUCAGCGUUUUACCAACUGGCACAUCAAAUGGAGUGGGAGGUGCAGGAGGAGCAACACUACCAGCAACAGUACCAGCAACACUACCAGCAACACCAGAAACAGCAACCCAAAAGACAGCAGCAAAUCGCGAUUAUGACGAUGAUGACGAGCACAACGACAAGGAUGAGAGUCACGACAACAAGCCCAACGACUUGGCUGAAAGGGACCGAAAGGACAAGCACGAGGAGCAGGAGCAGGGAACAACGAGCUGGAACUGGAAGGAGAAACUGAUGCUGGUGAAGAAGGAGGAUGGCGUUGCCAAGCCUGCGGCAAGUCAAAAGCGUGCAGCACAAACGACACAAUCGCGAAAUCCCAUCAGACGGGCGCACAGUGAGCGGCAUUUGUCGACGGCGCCCUCUGUUACCACCGCCCCCUCAUCCACCGCCCCUGGCCACGCCCCCCCGAGAAACUGCCACUCCAUACCAACAACUCCAGCCAGUGGCUGGGUGCCGGCACAGCAGAAUGUCAUUUUAAAUUUUAAGGACACAAUGGCACUGCGCAUAAAAAGCAACCGCAGCGACUCGAGAGAUUUAUUUCAAAGGCGACCGAAGGAGCCGCCACCACCGCCCCCAAAGGGGGGAGUGGCUGGCAAAGGAUUAGAGCCGUCUCAGCCGCACGAAAUCAAUAAGUCGCCCCAGAGGACAGUGGUUCGGGUGGCCCCGUUCAAGCAGCAGGUGGAUAGCUGCACCCACGAGGUGCAUCGCCUGAAGAUCUCGCACAGCGAGGAGGAGGUGGAGCUGCGCCGGAAACCCAAUCUCUUCCAGAUCCCAUCGCCCCACGAAGAGGAUGCGGCUCCCAAGAAGACCUCUAUACUGAUUAGUGGCGACGAUUGCUACUCCACCAUGAAUCUGAGUGCGGACGCAGCUCAGCCUUUGUAUCAGUCCUCGGUGGUGGUCAACAGCCACUCGGCCACCAGUGUGUGCAUCAGUGUGAGCAGUGCCGAGGAGCAGGAGCAGGAGCUGAACCAGCUAAACACUCUGCGCAGCCAGCAGCUGGGCCCGGGCAUAGCCAUCAUACCCAUACGCGGAGUCAGCGAGGUGAAUCUGCAGCGGUCGGUGUCCUGCAUCUCCUCCACUUCGAGUAGUUCCACCUCGAGCAGCAGCAGCAGCAGUGGCAGGGGCAGGACCUUGAUUCGCCUGGACUACGACAGGGAGCGCAAGGGAUCGGCCACCAGUAGUACACCCAUCAAUACGCCGCCUGUUAUUAGUUCCACCCCAGCCACUCCGCCGCCCGAGGAGCUGGUGCCGCACGAGACCGAGCUCUUGAAGAUCCUGCGCAAUCCCGUGGAGGCAGUGAAACUCAAUUUGGUUCCCCAUGUCUGUGGCCUAAGGGCGCCCUCGCGGGAAAGUGGUAAAACCAAGAAGGGGGAAGAGGUACUGAGUACCACACCCGCCAAGGAGCCCAAUUUCAUAGCCAAACUCCUGAGGGAUCCCAUGCUGGGCCAGGUGGCCGAUGGCCUGGAAACGGAGACGGUGGCGGAACUCAUUGAGAACUCGCUGCAGAGAUUGCAGCAAACGCGCCGGGGCAUCGACAUGAGCGGCACCAAAGACCACGAUGACAUGAACCGGCUGAUCAGCGCCUCGCUGCAGCGCAUCCGCCUGGAAAGACAGCCACAUCCGGUGGCGGCCACACCUGGCAGUGCAACCAAAGAGGAGGACCGCCUGUCCAAUCGGGGCAGCAUCAGUUCCGCCAACAGCUUUGCCUCGGCCCACAACUACGAGCUGUUCGACUUUGACACCGGAGCAAAUGGCAAUGAGUCGGAUUGCUAUCAGAGCUGCUCCAGCGAGUUGACAGCCUCUGGUGUCCUGGAGGAGGACUCUUUAAAGGAUCCCGAAGCGGAACUAGAUCCUGCCACGCGUGCCAAGUUCUAUCAACUGCUGGUGGAUGCCACUUUGGCCGAGAUUGAGCACUCAACGCAUCAGGAUUUGGGCACCGACGCGGAACACCACUACGAAUCGAUUAGGCACAGUGGGGAUCCCAUUUACGAGGAGAUCCACGAGGUGCCCCCGCCUCUGCCACUCUCUGCUCCGCCGCUGAACGAUGCCGAGCUGGAGAAGAAGGCGGCCCGUUCCAUCUUCGAAGGAGCCUCCAAAUAUGAUAUACUCUCCUAUUUGGUGGACGCCAAGGAGCGUGGUUUGGCCCGCGAAGAGAGCUUCGAUUAUGGCAAUAAUCCUAAGAUAAUAGAAGAGGAAGCUGCCGAUACUCUGAGUGAUUUGGACAAGCGACAGGCGGAGGAGCGGGAGCGGGAAAGGGAGCGGGAUAGUGGACAGAGCAGCAUGAGUUCCCUGUCGCCGCCACCACAUAAUUUCAUAUGCGGCGGCGGAGGAGGAGGAGGAAAAUCCUCUGGCAGCGAUGUGGAACGUCAGGACUCUGGAGUGGGCUCGGAAACUAGUAAGACCUCCCGUAGCAAGUACCAGGCCACGCCCACCGUACUCCAUCUGUGCGAGGAUUGCGAUGGAGCCGUCGAAAUGCAGGUGGGCGAUGGCGGAGUGCUCUAUGCCCCAUUAGUUUGCCGGAAAUGCGGCAAGAAGCGAGUUGAACGCAAGGAGAUCAUCACCGAGAUCGUGGAGACGGAGGAGAAGUACGGCAGGGAUCUGCAGAUCAUACUGGAGGAGUUCUGCCACCCCAUGCUGGUGGCCGGCCUGCUCACCCAGGAGCAGCUCUCCGCGAUCUUCCUCAACACGGAAGAUCUGCUCGAGAACAACCAGACGCUGGCCGAGCGCAUGCGCGACGCCCUGGACAUGUCGCUGGAGCAGGGCGACGACGACCUGCUCACCGUGAACAUCGGGCGCAUCUUCCUCGACUCCACCCAGAUGCUGCACGCCUUCGAAAGCUACUGCGUCCGCCAGGCGGGCGCCAGUCUGCUGCUGGCCAACCUCGAGAAGGAGAAGGAGCUGCUGCGCAUCUUCCUCAAGGUCUCCCAGAUGGAGAACGCCGUGCUGCGGCGCAUGAACCUCAACUCCUUUUUGAUGGUUCCUGUUCAGCGAGUGACAAAAUAUCCCCUACUCCUGGCCCGUCUCUACAAGGUCACACCCACCCAAGUUGAUGGGCGCGAUCUGCUGAAGCAGGCCCAGGAGAAGAUCGAGCUGCACCUGAACCACAUCAACCAGGAGGCCAAGGAUGUGCCCACCAAGCUGUGGCGCCGCAUCAGCUCCUCCAGUCCGAAUCGACGUGCCUCCUGCGAGAUCGACAUGAUCAACAUCAAGCUGCGCAAAAUGGCCAUCGAUGUGCUGGAGUGGAACCACGACGAGGUGCGGUUCGCCAUGGAGGGACGACUGCUCUACACACAGCCCACGGACAGCAAUUGGAAGAAGGCCCGCACCAUCAAGUUGACUCCCGUUAACGCUUUAUUGGUUACCAAUGGCAAGCCAAGUGCCAAUUACAGGGCAGAGAAGGCCAUGUCGGAAAAACUGAAUUUCCCGAAGCACACGGGCAUCCGCGAGGCCUCGCUGCUUUUGGUGAAGGAGAAGUGCGGACGGUACACGCUGAUCCGGGAGCCGCUCUAUCUGGACAGAUGUGUCGUGUGCAGCGAAGCGGAUUGGGAUGAUUAUUUCGAAGUGCAGGAAAUUUCAUCGAAGGACACAUUCAUAUUCAAAGCGGAGGACGGAGUGCGGACGAAACAAUGGUACACACAGCUGCAAUAUCACGCCCAGGGCAUGGGGGCGUGGCGCAAGAGGCGGAACGCCCUGGCCAACAUCAUGAUCAACGGAAUGCUGGCGAGGAGUUAGCCCAUCUACAUCGACAUCACCAUACCCAUCCCCAUCUGCAAGCCCAAAAACCGCAGGACUCCGGAUACCGAUUAGAAAGGGAAAAGGGACGCAAAACUCAACAAUUGGUUAUGCAUUUAAUGUGUAUUUAUGCGCUAUUAACCAACGAGCAAUUUCGUUUCGUAAUUAUAAUUUAAGUGAUAUACAAUUGAAUCGAGCACGCAUAACGCUAGUUAGUGUUUACAUAAUACCUAUAUCUAUAUCUAUGCCUAUACCUACAACUUACAACUACAACCUAUAUCUAUAUAUUAUGCAUAACCAAUACGUACACACGAAUACCCUGAAUACAAUGCAAUAAAAUACCAUACAUUAAUUAAA